AUGUUUGCCAUCUACACGUGGCCACUUGACGGCUCGACCGCUGAAAGUCCAGCUGCUUCAGACCUUCUGAAAAUCCUGACCUCCCUCGAAGGUAAUGAGGAGGAGCUUUUCAUCCACUUGCAGUGGCAGAUGAGAUCCCCUUAUUUCCCGAGUUUAAUGCCGACUUCUCCCGACUUUGGUCAUUUUAUUAUCCAUGACCAAGUAAGUCUACCCUGGACAACAACCGUGGAAGAGGAAGGAAAGAUGGGUGGUAAGUUAUCAUCUGUGCACAAGAUCGGUAUCCACGCAGAUCAUUGUGAGUUUGAAGCGGAAGGAAAAUCGUUUGCGUUGAAAAUACUCGAAAGGGGCAAGGUACUUACGGCUGCCGAGAAUGAGUUCAAGAAUGAAAUGGCAGCUAAUCAGCGAGCCACGCAUCCACGAAUUACUCCUCUUCUUGCAGCCUUCAAACAUAGGAAUAAGUUCUAUCUCUUGUUUCCCUGGGCAAACGGGGGUAAUCUUCAGCGUUUAUGGAAGACCUACGACCCUUACCCAGGUCUCGGGCGUGUAGUAGCUUCCUGGUUUUCACUGAAGUGGAUGGCAGAUCAGUGUUACAAGAUUGCCGAUGCCUUGUCUACCGUUCAUGGUCACCCAUCGAAUGAAGGAGGCGUUUCUGUUCAGGCACAGCUCCAUCACGAUAUCAAGCCAGAAAAUAUUCUGUGCUUUGAUGAUUUCAAUGAUGGAAUUGCGACUUUUACGCUCAAGUUAACAGACUUCGGUCUGUCACUACCCGCCAAUAGCCAAUCCACCUUCCGACCAAAGCAAAUUGCCGAGACGAAAUCCUACAGGCCUCCCGAAAGAGAUAUUGAGGACUCAACUGUAGGUCAGAAAUGGGAUAUCUGGUGUUUGGGGUGUCUUUAUCUCGAUUUCAUUACCUGGGCCAUCUUUGGCUGGUCAGGGGUACAAGAAUUCGAAGAAGCACGCCUUGAAGCUGAUGAAACCGAAACUGGAGGUUACGUCAUUGAAGAGGAUGUCUUCUUUGUCAAAGAAAGAGUCACUAGGCGUAGCUGGUGUCUAGGAAGGGCAAUAAGCAGCAUGGUUGCAAAAAUCAAGCCAGCCGUUAUUUCGCAUAUGCGAGAUCUUCGAGGUCAUAUGGAACCGGGUCAUGCUUUAGCGGAGCUCCUGGAUUACAUCGAACAGAAGAUGUUGGUCAUCGAUAGCUGUGGACGAGAUUCAUCAAGUGAAGUUCGCGACUUCUUGCAGCUCGUUAUUUGCGGAAAAUGA